AUGCAGUCUGCCAUAGUUCAGUCAGGGUUUCGGCCGCUACCACUACCUCAGCCGUCUCAGCCAGCCAUCAGCCCAGAGUUCCCGACCAGGGGUAUGUUUCUUGUGUCCCAUUCUUGGGCUCGUGUAUUAUUUGAUUCUGGUGCUACCUAUUCAUUCAUUGCUUCAUCAUUUUCACGGGCAUUGGGAUUGGAGGUCAGUCAGUUAGACAGACCACUUUGUGUUGACACACAUGUUGGGGAUUCAGUCACUCUUGGUAGAAUUUGUCGAGGUUGUUCUAUUACCAUUGCCAGACGUGUUCUUGAGUUCGAUCUCAUCCUUCUUGAGAUGAUAGGGUUUGAUGUCAUUCCUGGGAUGGACUGGUUGUCGUCCUUCAGAGUUGUCAUUGAUUGUUUCAGAAGUAAAGUUUCAGUGUGUACCCCGGAUAGGGAUUAUUUCUGUUUUGUGGGAGAUCGGUGUGAUCCUCUCACUCAUUCAUUCUAUGGUGUUAGGGGUCGGGAUCGGCAGACGUUCUUCUUGGCUAGACUUUUUGCCGAUGAUGAUGUGGAGUAUUGUAGGGUUAAUUAUUCGGUGGUUGUACGCGACUUUCUAGAUGUGUUUCUUGAGGACUUGACUGAGUUGCCUCCAUACCGAGAGGUGGAGUUUGCCGUUGAUUUGAUGCAUAGUACCAUGCCAAUCUCUAUGGCACCGUAUCAUAUGGCACCGAUUGAAUUAGAAGAAUUGAAGAAGCAACUUGAUGAUUUGAGAAUGAAAGGCUUCAUCCGACCGAGUGUGUCACUGUGGGGUGCAACGUUGAAGGGAGCCAGUUGUUUUUUGAAGAUUGACUUGAAGUCAGGUUAUUAUCAGUUAUGGGUUAGAGAAGAGGAUAUUCCAAAGACCGCUUUCUGUACGCGGUAUGGACAUUAUGAGUUUCUUGUCAUGCCCUUUGGUCUGACUAACGCACCAGCGGCAUUCAUGGAUCUAAUGAACCGCGUCUUCCACGAUUACUUGGAUCAGUUUGUGAUCCAGAAAUCGAAAAGACUCAAAAACUUGGAGAAAGAUUUUAGAGGCUUUAAAAAGGAAACGAUGGCAGAUGAUCCACGAGCGGCAGAAGCAGUUCACUGUUUAAAGGAUCACUACGAACUAGGUGCCUACAACUCUUCAUCUGCAGUUCGGUAUCCUCAAGUGAGGGCCCCUCACUACGAAAUUAAGGCUAGUACUCUUCAGUUAUUGCCUUCUUUUUACGGCCUAUCAAAAAAGGAUCUAUGCCGGCACUUGGAUGACUUUACAGAGGUGUGCAGAACAAUAAAGAUCCAGAGCUUUCACUAUGAUGUGCUCAACUACACCUUUUCUCCUUUUCAUUAA